AUGUCGCGCUAUGUACCCCCGGUUGGGCCUUAUGACCCUCGUGAUCCUAAAGGCUUUUCUUUUGAUACCGUUGUGCGACGGUGGCCGGUCAUUCUCACUGGAGUCAUCAACGAUGUCAUAGCGCGCCAGGAUGUCCUCAGAUCUGACUCAAAUCUGAGCCCUCAAGAGCAGGCCGCUGCUCUUGAUGAAGGCACUGAGAUCAUCCGCCGAGUUAGCCAGAUCAAAUCCGAAAUGUCGCGCGACUAUAAGAUGCCAGAGAUCGAACAAGACGACGGCCCGAGCGUCGACGAGUUUAAUAGGCAGCUUCGCGAACUCGGCGAGGAUGGUAGUUGGUUCAAAGCCCCAUGGUUAUACGCAGAAUGCUACCUAUACCGACUCCUUCGAUCUUACUUUGCACAAACAACUUACUGGCAUCAACAUGAUCCAUUCCUUGCCCAGAAAAACACGACAUUUCGAUCCAGCAGUGCAGCCAUCCACAAGCUUGCGGAGACUCUACUUGAUCUUCAGUCGAAACGAGAGGAACUAGCCAAGGACGAGGCCGCCCUCAAGACUCUGUUUGGUGAGAUGCUCCACAUGUGCUUAUGGGGGAACGCAACAGAUCUUUCCCUUCUCACCAACAUGAGCCACGCGGACAUUCAGAAGCUCCAAUCAGUCUCAAAGGAUGAGCAAGCGGAACGAGCGCAAUUCAUUCUUCGUGAUGAUGGCGCCAAGGCUUGGGAACAGCUCCGCCGGUCUCGUGAACGCGUUGACAUGGUGUUAGAUAAUGCUGGCUUCGAACUCUACACCGACCUAAUUUUUGCCGAGUUUCUUGUGUCGAUACUCGGUGUUGGCAAGGUCGUCUUUCACCCCAAAGCUAUGCCGUGGUUUGUCUCCGACGUCACACCGCCAGAUUUUCAACAGACUAUUGCUAUCUUGCAAAACGCCGAGGAAUGGUCAACGACUGAACAAAAGACAGAGAACUUGGUUGCUUUGGCAAAGGUAGCCGCUCGUUUCCAGCAGCGAGUCGAUGAGGGGAUCUUCGAGCUUUCUGUCCCACUUGCGACGAAACUAGGAGAGUCUGUCGCUGGGACGGAAUACGACGAAACUUUCCAAGAGCUCACUAGUCAUUUUAAAGGGGAUUUGAACUACAGAAAGCUUACCGGGGAUGUCAAGUGGCCAGUCAAUACGACAUUCUCAGAGGCAUUGGGUCCACUUCGAGGGUCUUUCCCAAUGCUCUCACUCAGGACAAACAAAGCGGAUGUUGCAGUCGGCAUCGCAGAAAAGGUCGCUAGGGAGCUUGACGAAAAAGGAAUAGCCUGGAGGACGAGUGGAAAGUAUGCUCUGAUCUCCUUUGAACCACAAAUAUGA